AUGUACCCAGAAAAGCAACUGAAAAUUGCUGCUGCUUUCUUAGAGUCACUUACUAAGAAUAAGCUCAUAACUCAUCCUACAGUUUGGAAAAUUUGUAAUCAAGCUUUGCGAGCUGUCUUGGAUGAAUUGCAUGAGGGUGCUGCUGAUUCAAAAAUGUCUGUCCCUGGAACUGUUAAGUUUGAUCGAAGGAUAUAUACUGAGGAGUCAGUUCACUGGGAUGAAGAUGGAUUUGAUCAGGAAGCAAAAAUGCCUAAUGUGCCUAAUCCAGAAAUGCUUUUAUCACUGGAAGAUUUGAGAGAAAUGCGCAAGACUAUCCUCGGCUUCCCAGUGAAUUUUGACAGGACAUACCGAAAUAAGGUUGCUACUGCAAAAUUUGUACCCUGGCCAAUAGAAAUAAGGUUUUGUGAACCUAAUAAUGCCACUAGUCACACCAAGUCUCCUCCAAGGUUAGCCAUGCUUUCAGCUAUCCGUUUCCCUUCUGCGAAUGAGGCCAUAUUGCAGUCUGCAUCUUUUAAUGCAAUAUUUAUGCUGGUUGCAGCAUAUGCAUCAGAUCUAAUCUUUAAUACAGUCAAUCUGAAUCCUCAUCGAAGGAAGGGUUUCAAGGUCUGGAUCAUUCGUGAGUUCCAACAACUCUUAGACCAUUUUGUUAAUGUACCAGCUUUAUAUUAUGGGAAAUAUGUCAAUGUUUGCCGGAGCAGUUUAUAUAAUUUCUUCGUGAAAUGGAUUUGGUUCCACGGACCUUUGAGAGCUGAUGAUUGGAUAUUGUUUGUGAUGCACAGUCCGACUGCUUAUAAUGCACGUGGCUUUGUGACGGGCCAAAUGCUUAUUAGGAAGGGAGAGAUUGUAGUGUCACUGACUCAAGAGGCCUUAUUGAGGCCAGCCAGAAAACUACCUGCAUUCCAACCAAAGCUCUAA